ACGCUUUGUUGCCGGUAUAUUUAUAGAGGAAUGAGCACCUGAUAGCCCACUUGCACUGUUUCUGGAGGAGUCUAAGGUUAUUGGCGCGUACAGACAAGGAAGCAACGCAUACAAUGUCUGCAUCAAACAACAUGAUGCUUGGGCCGUUGGUGGCAGCAAUUGAUCAAGGGACCAGCUCCACUAGAUUUCUGGUUUUUAACGCAAGCACUUCAGAACUUCUCAGUCACCAUCAGGUAGAAAUUGAACAAAAGUUUCCUAAAGAAGGGUGGGUGGAGGAAAAUCCAAAGGAAAUCUUGCAGUCAGUUUAUGAAUGUAUAGAUAAGACGUGUGAGAAGCUGUCACAACUCAACAUCAAAAUUUCCAAUAUUAAAGCAAUUGGUGUAAGCAAUCAAAGGGAAACAACAGUGGUUUGGGACCGGCUGACUGGUGAGCCUCUUUACAAUGCUAUUGUGUGGCUUGACCUGCGGACACAGUCUACAGUAGAAAGACUCAUUAAAAAGACACCAGGAGAAAACAAGAACCAUGUGCGGGAUAAAACUGGCCUUCCUAUCAGUACCUAUUUCAGUGCUGUAAAGCUUCGGUGGUUACUAGACAAUGUUGAAGAAGUCAGAAAAGCUGUAUCGGAUGAUCGGGCCUUGUUUGGAACAAUUGACUCCUGGCUAAUAUGGAAUCUGACAGGUGGAAAAAACAAUGGUGUUCACUGCACAGAUGUGACAAAUGCAAGCAGAACGCUACUUUUUAACAUCCAUACACUGGACUGGGACAAAGAGCUAUGCCAGUUCUUUGAUGUCCCGAUGGACAUCCUUCCAAAAGUGAGAAGCUCUUCUGAGAUAUAUGGCAUAAUGAAAAUCAGUUCUAAAAUGAAAUCAGGGGUUUUAGCUGGAGUGCCAAUAUCUGGGUGCCUAGGAGACCAGUCUGCUGCUCUGGUUGGGCAAAUGUGUUUCAAAGAAGGAAUGGCCAAAAAUACCUAUGGAACUGGUUGCUUCUUGCUCUACAAUACUGGUGAAAAGCCAGCAAUGUCAGAACAUGGUCUUCUAACAACAGUGGCUUAUAAAAUGGGACGUGACAAGCCUGCGUUCUAUGCACUUGAAGGAUCUGUGGCUAUUGCUGGUGCUGUUAUACGAUGGCUUCAGGACAAUCUUGGUAUCAUAGAGAAAGCAUCUGAUGUUGAGAAACUGGCUUCUUCAGUGGGUACUUCCUAUGGCUGCUAUUUUGUCCCAGCUUUCUCAGGGUUGUAUGCACCAUACUGGGAACCUAGCGCAAGAGGCAUCAUCUGUGGACUUACACAGUUUACAAAUAAAAAUCAUAUUGCAUUUGCUGCAUUAGAAGCUGUUUGCUUCCAGACAAGAGAGAUCUUGGAUGCUAUGAACAAGGACAGUGGAAUCCCUCUGACGCAGCUUCAAGUAGAUGGAGGAAUGACUGUGAAUAAGGUGCUUAUGCAACUUCAGGCAGAUAUCCUUUGUAUUCCAGUAGUAAAACCCAGCAUGCCAGAGACUACUGCUCUGGGAGCAGCAAUGGCAGCAGGAGCAGCGGAGGGAAUUAAAGUUUGGAGCUUAGAGCCUGAAGACUUGACAUCAGUGACAUGUGAACGAUUUGAACCUCAGAUCAAUCCUGAAGAAAGUGAAUAUCGAUACGGUCGCUGGAAAAAAGCAGUACAGAAAUCUAUGGUUUGGGAAAUUACAGAACCACAACUGAACCACAAUGGUGAAAGCAGUAUCUUCAAUAGCCUACCUAUUGGCAUUUAUAUAAUGAGUAGCAUGUUAAUGUUAAUUGGAGCAAAGUACAUCUCAGGUUUAUGAGAACACGGAUGGUUACUGAUGAGGCCUCUGCAUAUGGCGGUAGAACUUCUCUGCCUGUGCAUUUGGCAGCAUUUCCAGAAAAGAUAGCACUUGGCCUUUGGAUUGAAUACUGUGCCACUCUCAUCAGACUAUGCUGCCUUAAUCAGCUUGACAACACUAAUGAUUAUAGCAUCCUGAAUCACUUGCACAUUUUCUUCUGCUUAUACAAGAUGUUGCUUUGUUUCUGAGCACUCCAUGCAAAGCAAAGGAACCAUCACACGCAGUCACAUUCUUUUCCAUGUAUUUCUGACUGGGUGUUUUGUAGAAUGCAGCAGCUUAGGGGAUUUCCUGUAAAGACUAAAGUAAAGGAAAUUGCUGUGAAAUACAGAUCUCCUAAUCCCCUGCAGACAUUCACCUGAGCUAUGCACUAGUGAGAAUGCACAAUACAUAGGCGUACAGUGAAGAUUCUUUGCAACAGUUUUGGAAAUCUAUAUACAAGGAACUGCCCGGAUAAGAUAUGUUGAUUGUUUUUGAACAGUACAAAGAACUGCCAUAGUGCUUCAUUGCCAGAUAACCAGCACUUAAAGCACUGGUCAAUACUGCACUGUUAGAAGGGAGUUCCGCACUACACUGCAGCUCUUUUGACUUCACUAUCAAGGUGAUAUUUUGUAAGAAUGGGAAAUAAGUGAAAAAUGGCUGCUGUAUUAAGAUACAUGGUUUGUGUCCUUGAAAACUAAUCCAUCACUUUGUCUAUUAUAUUAUAUAGCUUGUUAAGACAGAUUGAACAAACCACCAAGUAGAAUCAGUAACUAUUCCUUCUUUGAUGGCUUUUAAAAUGUCUCACCGUAUGAGUUUAACCGGGUGUACUGCAUGUCAGGGAUAGUUUUCAGUUUUAUUUUUAAGGAGGCAACAUUUUGGCCACCAGAAGGGUAACUGAUAUUCCAGCUUCAGACAUGUUCAUGAAAUUAAAAGUGUACAGAAUAGCUAGCAAAUGAAAGAUAACUUCCCAGAGUGAUGUGUGUGUUUUGUUUUACUAGCUGUCCAAUUAUAUGUUUCUAAUGUAGUCAUUUUAGUAUAUGUGCUGCAUUUUUAAUUCCAAAUUUAAAAUAUAUAACAUAUUAAAAUGGUCAGUUAUGUCUCUCAGGGGUGGGGACAUUGUCUGUCGGUUGCUGUACAAUUCCAAAAUUUUUGACUAAAUCCGUCUCGACUUGAGUCAUAUGUGACUAAGGCAUCCAUCUACACAUGAUACAAUUCUGGAUACACCCGUCUCACAUAAGACAUGCAUAUGAUUGAGGCAUCCAUCCGCAUAUGCAUUAAGUAAUGUAAACAAGAUAUCCAGUCCAAGAGCAGGGUAGGCUUUGAUCUAGCAAUCUUACAGAAGCUCUUUUUUUUAGCUAUUGACCAUCUUUGAUUAGUUGAACAUUACUGAUUGGGGUACUGAUCAUCAUAUAUACUACUGCACCAAUCCUUCACAAUGAAAGAUGGUGAAGUCAUGAGGCAGUCACAGUAACAGUAGAUCAAGGAUAAGACAUGCAGUAGGUUCGAUGCUGAUCACCACCUCGUUA